AUGUCCGAGCCCAUCCCCGAAGCAAUACCCACGUCCGCAGACCCGCGGUCGCGCCGUCCCAUCAAACGCGCCCGCAUCCCAGGCUCGACCAACCCCAACGCCAAAGCAGCACUCGUGCAGGCCAACGAGAUCGAGACCCUCUUCCUCGACCCGGCGCGCGAGGUCAAAAUCCCGCCCCCAGCGUCUUCUGAGGUGGCCAAGAGAUCGAUCCCCGCGCCGCCGGAGAUCGUCGCGAACGUGCAGGGCAGCUCCGCGGGCGCGGGAUCCGGCGAGUUCCACGUCUACAAGGCGAGUCGGCGGCGGGAGUACGAGCGGUUGCGGAUCAUGGACGAGGAGGCGAAGAAAGAGGAAGAGGACAGGGAAUGGGCGGAGAAGGAACGGGAGCGGAAAGAGCGGGACGAGGAGAAGACGCGCAAGAAUCGCGAGAGGCGCAAUAAGAAGCGUAAGGGGAAGGAUAAGAGUAAGAGUCCCGCCGCUGCGGAGAACGGACUGAGCGAAGAAGGCCCGAAGGAUAAGAAACCGCGUGGGAACUUGGCUGUCCCUGUCCCUGUCCCUGCAAGGGCGGAGGAUGCGGAGUCGUCGACGGAUUUUGGGGUUGCAGCUGUGGUGCAGGAGAGUGGGAUCACCAUUCACGAUGACGAUUAG